AAUUUUCAUUUUCAUUUUCCUUUCCUUUUAUAUCUUACCUUGACCAUUAUUUAUAUAUCAGUCCUCGGACUCAGCUUUUUAUCAAAGCUUCGAUUGAAUUUAAUUUAAUUUUUCUAUAUAUUUUUUUUAGCAAUGGCUAGCCUUAAGAGUUUCUUUUCAUUUCUCAUUUUCAUGGUCUAUUUGGCUGCAGCCAUGGGCAAGAGGCAAAUACAUUUUGGCAGUCAAAAUAUUGAUGCAACUUGGUAUGAUGCACAUGCAACGUUCUAUGGUGAUAUGGAGGGUAAAGAAACCAUGGAGGGAGCUUGUGGAUAUGGUGAUCUAUUCAAACAAGGGUAUGGACUCGAGACGACAGCCCUUAGCACAGCUCUAUUCAACAAUGGACUUACCUGUGGUGCAUGUUUUGAAAUCAAGUGUGUGAAUAACCCUCAAUGGUGUUAUCCAAACGCUGGUACCAUCAUAGUGACAGCAACAAAUUUUUGCCCCCCAAAUUACUCAAAACCUGAUGGAAACUGGUGCAAUCCCCCAUUAAAACACUUUGAUCUAUCAAUGCCAAUGUUCACAAAACUAGCACAAUACAAAGCUGGAAUCAUCCCUGUUAUGUACCGACGUGUCUUGUGUUCCAAGAAAGGUGGGGUUCAAUUCCAGGUCAAGGGAAACCCUAGCUGGACUCAGGUAUUGAUGUACAAUGUUGGAGGCGCUGGUGAUAUUAAGGAUGUUAAGAUCAAGGGCUCAGGAACUGGGUGGAUUCAGAUGAGCCGCAACUGGGGAGUGAAUUGGCAGACUGGAACAAAGCUAACAGGGCAAAGCUUAUCAUUACAGGUGACUACCAGUGAUGGGAAAAUGGUGGAGUUCGAUAAUGUGGCACCGGCUAAUUGGCAGUUUGGUCAAAUUUUUGAUGGGAAAAAGAACUUCUAGGAAAAUUUUCUUUACAAUGUAGUGGUGGAAUUCCUGCAUUAUGCAUUACCUUUGAGUGUGCAUGAUUUUUUACGC